AUUUUGGUCGAGGACACAUGUGAGCUCCUCCCUCGGGUGACGUCAUGGAUGACUCGCGACAGACGACUCGCGGGGAGCUUAGAGAGCUCGCUGCGCUGUCGUCCAAUGAAAAUCAUGCGAGAAAUAGCCGAACAAGAUGGUCCAAAGAUAAUAAUCAGUCCUGGAUGAGAGGGAGAGGUCGCGGUAGAGACUUUCGAAUCCACGACAGUACGAGCCGAGGCCUGCAUGAGCCUCAGGAACAGGGAUCGAGUUGGAGGGUGCGCGGUGCCGGAGAACAUCGACCCAGGAAACCCGAAAAUCCGGGGCCGGCAGGGCGGCCGCCUGGCGCCUCUCAACGCCGAGAGUUGUUCCCGAUCACGAAGCACAAACUCAACGAUCUGUAUAAAUGCGAGCCUAAAGAUCUGAUCAUGGAGCUCGAGCUGAAUCCAGGUUGGGGCUGUCUGCUGGAACAGAAAACCUACGCUGAAUUGGACGAAAUCGUGGUAGCUGUCAAGGUUUUCGCGAAAUGCCUCGAGAGCCCCAAUCGGAAUGUCACACUCGCGUUCAUGCGAAAAUAUUUCGAAAAGUUCCACAAUUACCUGACGGGAACACUGGUCUUUCUAUUUGACGACUUGAGCGCGAAGCUCGCUCUGGUUGUGCGCGACAUUGUCCUGCUGUAUCAGACAGCCUGCACGAUGAUGCCAGGAGGAGUAUUCCAGGUUGUGAAAGUCCUUCUGAGUAUCAUCAGUCGUCAUGCGGGAGUACUGCAGAGAAAACUUCAGCAUGGAAACUGCAACCUCUUGGAAAUGUUGGAGAGUUUGGAGAGACAGGUCGACGAGGCUCGGGACCUUGAGGUUGAGACUCAGAAGAAAUCGAAAGCCGUGAUACGCGUCGGAGAGAGGAACUCGGAUCGGGGAGCUCCGCCGGACAACUACAAGGAAAUUGCAGUCUUCCCGACGAUUGACGACAUGGAAGACUUGAGACCUUACAUUCGCAAGAACAUCAUAGUCGGACCUUACGAGAAUGGUCAUGAUUACGUCGAAACCCAGUUCCGCCUGCUUCGUGAGGAUUUCGUUGCGCCUUUACGGGAGGGACUCCAGAACUAUCUCGGCAUGGAGGCCAGCCGCAGGAAGAAAGAGCUUAAAGGAAACUCCGUGAGGUACUACUUCAAUGUGUCUUGCAAGGGUCGACUGGCUGCGCUGACGGACUCCGUUUUUCUCUACGCCCUUCAACUCGCCCCGCGGGAUUACAAAUCGGUGAAAUGGGAACGCUCGAAACGAUUCGCCAGCGGAUCUGUCAUCGCAUUGUCUAAUGAUGACUUUGCUUCGAUGAUAUUCGCCUUCGUCCUGCAGAGAGACGUUAGGACUCUCCAAAGAGGUGGUCUCUCCGUCGCAUGUUGCAGAUCAGAAGAUGAAGACUACUUAGAAGCUGGGAUGAGCUACAGCGUCAUCGAGAGCACCGCUCUGUUCGAAGCAUAUCGCUACAACUUGAAAGUUCUGCAAGAUAUCGAUCCUCUAUUAGUGCCGAUGGAGAAGUACAUCGUGAAACUCGAAAAAACAGUCGUGCCGCCUCAGUUCAUCAAUAGAGGAUCUUCUGUCAACUUGAGCCCGAUAAUGUUGGAUGAACGCAAUACCUGUACCGAGGUAUUGAAUAGUCUGAAUUGGCCUAGUCGCAAGCUCACGAAACUUGACGAUGCUCAGUACGCGGCAGUGCAGAGCGCCUUCGCUCGCGAGUUGUGCCUCAUACAGGGCCCUCCGGGAACAGGGAAAACUUUUGUCGGCCUGUUGGUCGUCGAAACUUUCCUCCUGAAUCGCAUCACGACGAAACCUAUCCUAGUUGUUUGCAACACGAAUCACGCACUGGAUCAGUUCCUCGAAGGCAUCCUGAGAUUUUCAUCGAAGAUCGUCCGCGUCGGGGGAAUGUGCAGAAAUGAGGAUAUGGUGCAAUAUAGUCUAUCCGAAAUGAGACUCAAGAGACGCGACUCUGCCGUCGCCCAAAGAGAACUCGCCGAGAGGGCAGCCAGACAUGCCCGUUUCAAAAUCAACAUGUUGCGCAAAGAAAUCAACUCGUAUCAGGAAAUUUCCGAGAAGGCGUUCGGGAAGCUGAUCCCAGAGGAUGCCCUCGAAUCCGUCAGCUACGGCGUUUUUUUGAAGGAACGUGACAUUCAUAAAUGGCUUCAAAUCGAGACCUUAGCUAAGGAAUUUGCUCAGAAGGAGAAACAGAACGCUGGGUCGAAAGCUCAAGCAUCGACAGCGACGCCUGAGGAGCCGAGGGGAUGCAGCGAGCUCCCAGAGAUGGCUGAUGAAAUUCAGAGCGACGAGGAAGACAUACUCAUCGACGAGAAGGACACCGAUGAAGUGACGAUCGAUGUUGUCGAUCGACUCCUCAGUUUCCAUGGGAAACAAGAGAGCACCGCGAUGGAUCUUUUCAUCGAACACGAGCUGACCGUGAGUGACCGGCCGAGACUCACCAAAGAAGAAGCUGUCAUUCUGCAGUGUAGAUUAGAUCGAGGCUUGUACACGCUAAGCAUCGAUGAGCGCUGGGAUCUCUAUCGUCACUGGUACGACAUCUACAUGAAGGAGCUCGACAAAAAAACCGAUCGGUACCGGGAUGAAUACAGUGAGGCUGUUCGAGCGUUGAGAGAACUCGAAGCCGAAACCGAUUUUCUGAUCUUACAACAAGCUCAAGUUAUCGGGAUGACGACGACCGGCGCCGCCAAAUACAAACAUCUCUACGAAAAGCUUGACAUCGAGGUGGUCAUCGUCGAGGAAGCUGCAGAGCUCUUAGAAGCCCACAUUGUGACGACGAUCAGUACCUCGACUAAACAGCUGAUCCUGAUCGGCGAUCAUAAACAGCUGAAACCAGCCACGUCAGACUAUAAACUCGCCAGAGACUACCAUCUGGACGUUUCCCUUUUCGAGCGGCUCGUCAAUAAUGGGAUCCCCUACAUCAGUCUGGAGCUCCAGCAUCGUAUGCGUCCCGAGUUCGUUCGGCUUCUGGUACCGCACAUCUACCAGAGAUUGGAUUGUGGGCCGAGCGUGUAUGCCUAUCCGAGCGUCAAGGGUAUGUCAGCGGACCUACAGCUCAUGAGUCACUCUCACUUCGAGUCGAACGACGGCGAAAAUCGCUCGAAGACCAACGUGUUCGAGUGUGACAUGAUCGUCGGCCUGGUUCGCUACCUGUUCGUCCAUGGCUACACCCCCGAUCAGAUCACGGUCCUCGCCAUGUAUUCAGGACAACAGUUCCUGAUCAAGCACAGGAUGCGCCAGCUGAACUUCUCGCUCCGGGUGACUUCUGUGGACAAUUAUCAAGGCGAAGAGAACGAUAUAGUAAUCCUAUCGUUCGUCCGUAGCAACGAAGAAGGUCAGAUUGGCUUCCUCCGCACCAUGAACCGGCUCUGUGUCGCGUUUUCGCGAGCCCGCUUAGGUCUCUUCUGUGUCGGCAACUUCCAAAUGAUCGCGCAGCGCCAGCCGAUCUUCAAGAACAUGCUCGAGUCCGUGGCUGACUCGGUUCGGGACCACUUCAGAUUCCAGUGCAAAGCGCACAAGACCGAAACGAAAGUGUACAAACCGAGCGAUUUCGUGCAAGUAGCCGAAGGCGGAUGCUAUAUGCCCUGCGCGGAUCGCCUGGACUGUGGCCACAUGUGUCCGAAGCUGUGUCACGAAUACUCCAACGAACAAACGAGAUUCAAGUGUAUCAGACCGUGUCUCAAAAAGUAUCCGGAAUGCGGCCACCCGUGCAAGAAACAAUGCGGCGAGGAUUGCGAUAUAUGCGGAGAGAAAAUUCAUUCCUCCUUCAAGCCCUCACAAUGCUCCCAUUUCCAGCGUCUCUGCGGCAAGCGGGAAAAACCGACCUGUGAGAAGAAGUGCGAGAAGCUGCUCCCCUGUGGUCACCCUUGUGAUAUGAAGUGUACUCAGAUCUGUCAGAAGUUAUGUAAGGCGGAAGUAGAAGUCGUAUCAAUUUGUGGACACCGCGUCAAAGUGGCCUGUCAUAUUCGAAGCGACGCUCGUGGAGUGGCGAGCCUCUGCAGGCAGCCCUGUGGUAGCCUUCUGAAGUGUGAGCACACUUGUGAAGGAACUUGUGGCUCCUGUUACCAAGGUCGAUUCCACGUCCCGUGUCAAAGUCGAUGCGGGAGGACACUCAUUUGUGGGCACGUGUGCAAGGAGCCGUGCUCUCGAGUCUGUCCACCUUGCAAGAGAAAAUGCGAAAACGCAUGCAUUCAUUCGCACUGUGAAAGAACUUGCGGGGAACCGUGCGUGCCUUGCGCUGAAGCUUGCUCAAGGCGAUGCCCCCACCAGAAGUGCAGCAAAUUAUGCUCCCAGAAGUGUUCUGUCGAGCCGUGCACCCAGCCAUGCACCAAGAAGCUCAAGUGCGAUCACGACUGCAUCGGAUUCUGCAGCGCGAAAUGCCCGGACAGAUGUCGAGUUUGUGAUGAAAACGUCUGUGAUGUCGAGCUCGGAACCGAGGAAGAGGAUUCUCGUUACGUACAAUUGGAUUGCGGCCAUGUGAUAGAAUCUUCCGGAAUGCAGAAAUGGGUUGAGACCUGCAUCAAAAGCACAGAGAUCAGCAUGGGCGGGAUAUCUUGUCCGGCUUGCUUAGCACCUGUAGUGAGAACUGACCGCUUCUCGCACCACAUCAACGAAAAACGGAAUCUCAUCGAGAUCGUCAAAGCCAAGGUUUUCGGAACUCCGGCGGAUAACAAACGAGAGCUCGAGAGGGUUUUAGCGAGACUGGGACAUAUGACCCAAGUCGUCAAUACCACCGAAUUAUCCUCGUUCCUGAAGGAUAUGAUCGACAUGCUGUCGUCGUUCAAGAGGCCUGAUAAGACGACGAUCGAUACAUUUUCGAAUGUGCUCACAGUGAUUGAGCGCGUGGCUGAGCUUCAGAAAAACUUGCGAGGUUUGAAGCGAAUUUCGCCGAAAUGCUAUGCCUUGUGGACUGACCUCCUAUUCGCUAUACGACGAACUCUGGACGAACGAGUUGGUCUACAGCACUUCGAAGACAUCAUCAACGAGAUUUCGAGAUUCGACUCGACGGCGAUGCUGCUCAAGACCGACCGGCUUCAUCCUGGGCAGCGGGAUGUGUUGGAUUGUUUCCGUUUCGUGGAUUCUGUCGAGCGCUUCAGUCAAGACAAAUCCAAAGCGGUCAAAGACUUCCUCGACGAAAAAUCGAAAACACUGGGCGGAGCUCAGCUCGGCAUCAGCGACGGUGAACGAAAAAUGAUUCUGAAGGCCGUUGGACUGACACGAGGACAUUGGUACCAGUGCCCCAAGGGCCACGUAUAUUGCAUCACCGAGUGCGGCGGCGCCAUGGAAGAGUCUAAAUGCAAUGAAUGCGGUGCAAUUAUCGGAGGCCGAAGCCAUGCGCUCCGGGGGGAUAAUCGAGUAGCGAGAGCGAUGGACGGUGCGACUUAUUCCGCGUGGUCGGAUCAGCAGAAUAUGCAGAACUACCGAUUCGAUGAAUUGAACUAG